AUGCUACUCUCAUUACGCUUCCUCAUUCUAACCAUCAGUUUCCUGGCCUCCUUGGCCUCCGCCCGCGACGUCCCAUCCAACCUCCAAAACCUCUACACCAAACUACUCAAGCAAAAAAAAUGCAAACACCCUCUAGCCUCGGGCUUCUACAGCACCGCAGACGGCCCCAACACCUACUCUUACUGCGGCGACCACCUCUCCGAUUUCCGGAUCCUCUACAUCCGCGGCCGCGGCCGCGGUCGACUAGCCAACAUGGACGUGGACUGCGACGGCGUACAAGGAGGGGCUAGUGACGACGGAAGAUGUUCCAUCGGUGUGAGCGCGGAUUACCAGUCGACCACGGCCUUCCAGGACAUGGUGGCGGCGUAUAACGUUUCGGGGGUCCGGGAUCUGAACACGUACGUGCAUCCGUACGUGGUAUUUGGAAACGAAGUUGAGAACGACAACAACGGCAAGGAUUUGAGGUGGAAUGUCUUUGAUCCGAGGGCGUAUCUGGUUGAACCGCUCAGCGUGAUGGCGGUGGUGUGCGAUGGGGGCAGCAAGCUGGUGUAUGGAGUGUGGGGCGAUACGAAUGGGGAUGAUGGGGAUAAGAGCAUGGUGGGGGAGGCGAGCCUGGCGCUCGCGACGGCGUGUGGAGGGGGAGAGAUGAGUGGGAGUAAUGGGAUUGAUGAGGAGGAUGUGUUGUAUUUGGCGUUUGUGGGGUCGGAGGCGGUGCCGGGUAAGAUGGGGGCGAAGUGGGAUGCGGGCAGUUUUGACGAGUUUGAGAGGAGCAUUGAGGGGUUGGGGGAUCACUUGAUCCAGAGGAUUCCGGCGGAUGGGAAGGCGUCGGGGACGGUGAGGGUGUCGUGGGGAUUGAUGAUUUGGAUGUUUGUGGCUUUAGGAGACAUGUGUGAUUGA